AUGAGCUUCGGCUCGGAGCACUACCUGUGCGCCUCCUCCUCUUACCGCAAGGUGUUCGGGGACGGCUCACGCCUGUCCUCGCGCCUCUCCGGGGCUGGCGGCGCGGGGAGCUUCCGCUCGCAGUCGCUGUCCCGCUGCAAUGUGGCCUCCUCGGCCGCCUGCUCCUCGGCCUCGUCGCUCGGCCUGGGCCUGGCCUACCGCCGGCCCCCGGCGUCCGACGGGCUGGACCUGAGUCAGGCGGCGGCGCGCACCAAUGAGUAUAAGAUCAUCCGCACUAAUGAGAAGGAGCAGCUGCAGGGCCUCAACGACCGCUUCGCCGUGUUCAUCGAGAAGGUGCACCAGCUGGAAACGCAGAACCGCGCGCUCGAGGCCGAGCUGGCCGCGCUGCGGCAGCGCCACGCCGAGCCGUCGCGCGUCGGCGAGCUCUUCCAGCGCGAGCUGCGCGAUCUGCGCGCGCAGCUGGAGGAGGCGAGUUCGGCGCGCGCGCAGGCCCUGCUGGAGCGCGACGGGCUGGCCGAGGAGGUGCAGCGGCUGCGGGCGCGCUGCGAGGAGGAGAGCCGGGGGCGCGAAGGGGCCGAGCGCGCCCUGAAGGCGCAGCAGCGCGACGUGGACGGCGCCACGCUGGCCCGCCUGGAUCUGGAGAAGAAGGUAGAGUCGCUGCUGGACGAGCUGGCCUUCGUGCGCCAGGUGCACGACGAGGAGGUGGCCGAGCUGCUGGCCACGCUGCAGGCGUCUUCGCAGGCCGCGGCCGAGGUGGACGUGACUGUGGCUAAACCAGACCUGAGUUCGGCGCUGAGGGAGAUCCGCGCCCAGUAUGAGUCGCUGGCCGCCAAGAACUUGCAGUCGGCCGAGGAGUGGUACAAGUCCAAGUUUGCCAACCUGAAUGAACAGGCGGCGCGCAGCACCGAGGCCAUCCGGGCCAGCCGCGAGGAGAUUCACGAGUACCGGCGCCAGCUGCAGGCACGCACCAUCGAGAUCGAGGGCCUGCGCGGGGCCAAUGAGUCCCUGGAGAGGCAGAUCCUGGAGCUGGAGGAGCGACACAGUGCCGAGGUGGCCAGCUACCAGGAUAACAUUGGGCAGCUGGAGAAUGAUCUGAGGAACACCAAGAGUGAGAUGGCCCGCCACCUUCGGGAAUACCAGGACUUGCUCAAUGUCAAAAUGGCUCUUGACAUUGAGAUAGCAGCUUACAGGAAACUGCUGGAAGGCGAAGAGACACGUUUCAGCACCAGUGGAUUAAGCAUUUCAGGGCUGAAUCCACUUCCCAACCCAAGCUAUCUGCUCCCACCUAGAAUCCUCAGUUCUACCACCUCCAAAGGGUCAGCCACUGGGCUGUCUCUUAAGAAAGAGGAGGAGGAAGAGGAGGCUUCUAAGGUAGCCUCAAAGAAAACCUCCCAGAUAGGAGAAAGUUUUGAAGAAAUAUUGGAGGAGACAGUGAUAUCUACUAAGAAAACCGAGAAAUCAAAUAUAGAAGAAAACACCAUUUCAAGCCAAAAAAUGUAA